UAAUUAUUACAAUGCAGUUCAAGAACGUACAAUUGUAUGUAGGCGGUUGUGCAAAUUGUGCAUGUCUGUCUAAAAAACAAGAGCUUGUGUAUGCUGCAAACAGCAGGGGCGGUCUGAUGAGUGGGUUGUGUCAAUGCGCGGCACUGGCUGACUGUGAAGUUGGUAAAUAAGGUUUGACCUCGUGGUGGAGAGGGAGGGAGAGAGAGAGACAAUCUGGAUUAAAUGCUGGCAGGAGCAGCAGCUGCAAGAGGAGGAGAGCGACCAACACUCUACCUGCAGCACAUGCUGCAACGUAACUGUCCUGUUAAAAAAAAAAGAAAAAAGGAUGGGAAUUUGAUGUAAUAUCUUUGCUAAACUAAGAGUAAUUGUCCUUACAAUUGACCUUACAAACAUAGUUCAAGAAACAAGGCUCUGCACUACAUCUGCUGUCCAUCAUGGCAGGUGACAUGAUGUUAUUGAUGCGAGGCCUGGCUAAACUGAGCCAGGCGGUGAUAGAAACUCAGGGCACCACCCUGCGCAGUGGGACAGUUCCAGGUGUUGGUGCUGCUGUUCAAAGCGUCCAAUCGGCUGCUGAGCAAGGCCUCUCAGUCGCCAUGAUGAAAAUGCAGGAGUUGUCUGGCCAACAGUCAGCCUCUUCCUCAGAGUCAGACUAUGACUUUCCUAAGGAUGACAGUGAGUUCUCAGCCUCAGAGUUUAGGGACGAAGGUGUGGACUUUAUGGCAGAUCACAAAGGAAGCAGUGAUGAGGGAGCCACCCAGCACAGCACAGCAUCAGGGAGCCACGUUAAUGGCAAACAGUCGUUGUUUGAGGGAUACAAAGAUCCUAGCAAACAGUUUAGCGGACAGACCAGAUCUUACCAUCAGGACUCCAGAUGUUUCGUGGGAAAUCAUCAUCUCUACAACCAAAAUCUGAACAGACAUGUGUGGGGACAGAUUCCCUAUCAGCAUUCAAUCAGACAAGCCAGGAGCUAUCAUCAGGACCCAUCCACAGUUGGAGGGUUGACGGCCGAAGACAUCGAUAAAGCCAGGCAGACAAAGAGGGCUGAGACAAAACCACACAAACAGAUGUUGAGCGAGAGAGCCAGAGAGAGGAAAGUUCCAGUGACCCGGCUCGGCAGGCUGGCCAACUUUGGAGGUUUAGCUGUAGGUUUGGGCUUCGGAGCGCUGGCAGAAGUCGCUAAAAAGACCAUGAGACAAAAUGAUGCUGCUGCAGGUGAAAAUAAAAAGUCUGUUCUGGAGUCUAGCCCGUUUCUGUCCGAAGCCAAUGCCGAACGCAUCGUCCGAACUUUGUGUAAAGUCAGAGGAGCUGCGUUAAAACUCGGACAGAUGCUCAGCAUUCAAGAUGAUGCAUUCAUAAACCCUCAACUCGCCAAAAUCUUUGAGCGUGUGAGACAGAGUGCUGACUUCAUGCCAAUCAAACAAAUGACGAAAGCAUUAAACAGUGACUUGGGUAAUAAUUGGAGAGACAAGCUUGAAUCCUUUGAAGACCGUCCGUUCGCAGCAGCGUCCAUCGGCCAAGUUCACCUGGCUAAGAUGAAGGACGGCAGGGAGGUGGCCAUGAAAAUACAGUAUCCUGGUGUGGCUCAGAGUAUCAAUAGUGACGUCAACAACCUGAUGACAGUGCUAAAUAUGAGCAAUGCCCUACCUGAAGGUCUGUUUCCAGAGCACAUGAUAGAUGUGAUGAGAAGAGAGCUAGCACUGGAGUGUGACUAUAUCAGAGAAGCCCAGUGUGCAAAGAAAUUUAGGGAGCUGUUGAAAGACCAUCCAUUCUUCUAUGUGCCGGAAGUGAUCGAUGAGCUGAGCGGCAGCCAUGUUCUGACCACUGAGCUUGUCCCUGGGUUUCCACUGGACCAGGCGGAUAACAUCUCACAGGAGCUGAAGGAAGAGAUCUGUGAGAACAUCUUGUUGUUGUGCCUCAGAGAGCUGUUUGAGUUCAGGUACAUGCAGACGGACCCAAACUGGUCUAACUUCUUCUAUGAUCCACAGACGCACAAGGUGUCACUGUUGGACUUUGGAGCCACCAGAGGAUUUGAUCUAAGUUUCACCGAUCUCUACAUAGAGAUUAUCCGGUCAGCUGCUGUUGGCGACAGAGAAGGAGUUCUGAAGAAAUCUAUUGAGAUGAAGUUCCUGACUGGGUACGAGUCCAAGGCGAUGAUGAACGCUCAUGUGGAUGCGGUGAUGAUCCUUGGCGAGGCCUUUGCCUCCCAAGAGCCCUUCGACUUCGGUGCCCAGUCCACCACAGAGAGAAUCCACAACCUCAUCCCUGUGAUGCUCAGACAUCGGCUAACCCCGCCUCCCGAGGAGACGUACUCGCUGCACCGCAAGAUGGGCGGCUCGUUCCUCAUCUGCUCCCGGCUGAAUGCAAAGUUGAGAUGCAAGGACAUGUUCCAAGCAACGUAUCAAAAGUAUUGGGAAGGCCGCACACCACCCCCUCUUUAAGCAUGAGCCAGUUCCAAAUGUCAGGCGGUUUGAUGGACAGGUCCUGGGGCCAACAGCAAGGUGGUGAAGUCGGGGUGUGACGCUGCAGAGCUGCAGAUAAAACAGUUCAAGAAGAGGCCGUGUAACCCUCCUUUAAUUGUCAUUGAGCGAAAGCGUAUCUUUCCUGUUUUGGCAUCCCAUCACAAUGAGGUUUUGAAAGGCACUUACACAUAUUUAUACUCACCAUUUCUUAGUUUGAAAGAGGGAGCAGCAGCACAGCCUUAGUACCGCUUUAAGGACAAACUCUUACCUAUAUAUGGCCCUGAGAGGACAGACUGAGAAGAAGUGGGAAGUGGAUUUAAGCAGGGAGAGAAAAGGCCUUGUGUAGGUGUAACAUGAAUGUAAAAGGUUAUGAAUUUUAUCUUUUCUCUGAUGUUUAGUUUUGCUGUGUUUUGUUGAAUGUGUUGAUAAUCAUAUUAACUGUCUGGUUGGCCAGAAAUGUCAUUGGUGGUAACAUGAGAGUUGAUAGUAUGAAGAAAGAGGACUGAACUUUUAAUGUAAAUCCAAAGUUAUGAAAUAAUGGGGUUAUUACUGUAUAUGGGCAAUAGCAGUAGUAGUAUUGACCAACAUGUCUGGCUUUUAUUGUUUUUCUCAAACUUCUCUCUGAAUACUGGAUGUUGUCAAUGAAAUUUGAUUUUUCUACACAUGAAUAACUCAGACUUGUAAAGUUAGAAACCAGAUACAAUGUAGCAGUAAAAGACGGAUUCACUGUUUAAGUCGAAAUCUUGCCAAGCAAUCAAGUUCAGAUUCAUUAGCUGCAGAAAAUGUGACAAACUAGGAUUUUGUCAGCAUUAACACAUGAGGGUCUGACUUUUAUCUUCUGUAUCAGUGUAGCUGUUAAGAUUUACAGUGCUUGAAUGAAUGCUUUCAUUUAUCUGGUUGCUCUUAAUAGCUUUUACUUUGAGUAGAAAGAUUUUGUAGUUUCAAACCGUUUGUUUCAAGUGACCAUGAACAAGCCCUCCAGUAUCUGUAUGUUUUAAUGAACCUCAGGUUGAAACAUAAUUUUACUCAGUGUCUCUGUUAAGAGAUUUUUUCUUCUUUUUGUCCUGUCGACCGUUGUACCUGAUUUUCUUUUAAACAUAUGGUACAGACUUUCCAUAAUUCCAGUUGAUAAAUAACAAAAAAAGUGAACAUUGUGGCUGAGAAUUAUAGUUUUAAUUCGGUCUGAAAUAACCAGACUCAGUUCUCUUAGUACCAAAGCCUGAUUUGUAGUAAGCAAUUGUAAAACGUGUAAUGAAACCACAUGGAUCCUUGUUGCUCUCUUUAAAGAAGAUAAAGUCUGACAGCAACGCUGGGCCUGUCAUGAAUGUUAAUGAACUGCCGGGAUGGAAGAGGCUCAUGCUGAUUUCGCACAAGCCCGGCUUGUGGGCUCACCUCGCUCCCACAAGUCGGUAAUAUCUCCGCGCCUUCUUGGGUGCAAAAUCCUCCGUCUCCUGGCUGGUGUGUGUGAAAGUUCUCUGUACUCUGCUGUGUGAAUACCGUUAUAAUGGUCUGGUUGGUGGUUUGAAGCUGAAAGAAAAAAAAAACUGAGGUGCCUGAAGUUGCCAGUGAGACUAGAAAUCUUUUUCUUUAUAUUUCAUAUCAAGACUCGAUUAAAGGUGGUUUAAAUUUUCUAAUCAAAUGCAUUAUUUACUAAAGAUAUUGUUUGGAAAAGAGUAAAUGUUUGAUCUAUACUUGUAA